AGCUGAGUCAGAGGGGCAGAAGGCACACAGUGGAAUCUGUGCAAAAAGGUCCACCGGGUUCCUCUCUGUUCCUGCAGACCAUCUUUAUCUUAUCUUUUUUCACCUUUGGUGUCCUCUUUCUCAUUUCAACAGUUAUUAGGAUCCAUUUGUCGAGGAAUCCACGGUAAAAAAAAAAAAAAAAAACGGUGGAAAUGGCUCCAAAAAGGCGCAAGACAGCAGAACACAUGAAGGAUAUCAGAAGCUUCUUUGAGAAGGAAAAUAAUGUUCCUGGCAGUUCCAUCAAAACACCUGCAAGGAAGCCAAAGAAGGUGCCAGAGUCUGAGACUCCUUUGAGAACACCACUGAGAGUGAAGGAUGAGAAUGGAAAUGAUCCCCCGACGACACAUUCCCAUCGUUUCACAGUAAAAUUUAAACCGACAGAUCGUAAAGAGUACACCAUCGAUUGCGAUAAACCACGUUCAGUCUUGGAGGCAAUCAAACACAGUCUUGGCCCAACAAAUAUGCUGAAUUUUCCAGAUGAGAACAUCAUCAUUCAGUUGGGUAAAGAGGACAAGGACUCCGUGGUUCCAACACAUUUCCCUUGUUCUUGUGUUGGUGAUGGGGAGACACUAAUUAUUAAUCAUAGUAAAUCAGAAAAGAUUGAAGAAGUUCAAGAUCAGCAUGACAAAACCAUACUGCCAAAAGAGAAUUAUUCCGUCUUCUUCAUUGAUAAAGUUGGGGGUCUCAAAACCAAAACAAAAGAUUUGUUCAGAAGCAAAAUGAUUAAGCAAUUCAAGUAUCUCUGCGUUUAUGGGGAAAAAGGGAUGACGGUGGAAGAGGCUCUGAAGCGCGAUGGUCGGUUCAUUGACAAUCUUGGAGAAUUUACCCUGUCUGAUAACGAAAACCCAGACGUCCUCACUCUGCGCACACAAAGGGUAGACAGCCUCCACCAGAAGGCUUUCAAGAUACGUCUUCCGCUUAAUAAAUGGGAAAAUGUUGAAACACAAAUGAGGUCAAUCCUAGAUGUCGCUCGUAACAGUGGAAAAAGUGUUAGAAAAGUAAUGGAAGAGCCGACCAGCAGCGUUAACACUGCUGAGAUUUACCAACUGCUGCGUCAGCAGUUCCCAGAUCUUAAAGAAUGGAUGGAGAAGAGAUUCCCUGCUGAUUCCUACCAAGAAGCUCUCAAACUUAAGAAUGAGAAUUUUGGAAAGAUCCAACAGUCUUUCAGCGAAGUUCAUAGAAUCAGGAAGUUGCUGAAAAUGGGCCAGUCUGUCUGUAAAGUCAUUAUUUCUGGUUUUUCCCAGGGAACUGGCUUCGUGCUGUUUGAUAGGUUGAUCUUGACCAGUGCACAUUUGUUCAAAGGAUGCGUCCAAGGAAAAAACAUUCUGGAUCAUAUAAACGUCUCUGCUCUAUUUAACUAUGAUGAUCCUGAGCCAGAGACAAAUUACUUUUAUUUCUCUGCUGAGAAAACAUUUAUCGACAUUGAUGAUGAGCUAGAUUAUGCUGUACUCAUGCUUGAACCAGGGGGCCAAAAAUCCAACCCCAAAACGAAUGUAGAUAAUGUAAAAGUUCCUCCAGGGCUGCUCAACAAAUUUGGUUCUCUACCUAUGAAUGGCGAGGCCUGUAUUAUUGGCCACCCAGCAGGAGGAGUAAAGAAAAUUGAUCCAACAUGCAUCAUUGAGCCAAAGGGGAGAGAACAAGCUGUCAAUGAUCAUAUAGCCAAACACAAAGAUUCAAUGUUCAUCCUCCAAUCAGUGUUUCAAAUCCAGAAUCGAGGCAUUGAGGACAUAAUGAUGGGUGGAGACAAAGCAGAAAAGGUGGCUACCUACCACACCUUCAUGUAUCACGGAGCAUCUGGCUCUCCAGUGUUUGAUGCCCAUGGCAGGCUCUUUGGGAUUCACACAGCAGGUUAUUGUUAUGAGCUCCCACACACGAAAGGCAGCGUUAUUGAGUACGCCUAUCCUCUGCUCACUAUAUUUGAAAAGUUUGUGAGCAAUCUGAAGGAAAGUGGAAAUGUUCAGAUGCUGGAAAAGGUGAAGGAGGCAGCAACAGAGAAUCAGCACCUUGACAAAAUACUCCAGUUUGAACCAAUGGAGGUCAAUUAGACUGACUGUAGAAAUGCUAGAGCUGCAGAUUUAGUUUUAACA